CCUCUCUUUCGUCCUUUCAUGUGUUCAUUGACUUUGUUCUUGCUUUGGUUCCUCUGAUCUCCGUCCUCCAUUGCCUCCUUAGGAAAUUGUCUUCCACGGCCUUGUUCCCCACCGGAUCUGGUGGGAGUGCUCGCCGCUCCAUACUUAAAUACCCGUCAUUCCCAUUGGCAUCCCUUCUUCAUCACACACAAUCUUCUCCUCCUUUUACAGCAUAAUAUCUACCUCUGUACAGGAUUCUCAUUCUCUCGUCUUCACAUUUAAUUCUCGUUCAAUUCUCGCAAUCAUGAAGUUCAUCGCUUCUCUCGCUCUGCUCGUCUCCGCUGUUGCGGCCAGCCCCAUCCAAGCUCGCGACACCGCUAAGAGCUUCUACCUCAAGACCUCCGGCGCUGCCAACGACGCUCACAACAACCUCUACGUCUACGCCUAUCACACCGGCGCCGGCUUCAAUGAUGCCGUGCUCACCUCGGACACUUCCAAAGCCAGAGCUGUUACUCUGAACGGCACAAACGCUCAGUUCGACUUGGGCACCACUUUCCCCUGGGGUUUCAAGAUGGGUGCCAACACCAACUAUGCUUCAUGGGAACCCGUCCAGAUCAAUGUCGGUUACGGUGACGAAGGUUUCUCGGUCGACGGUACGAGUCUUCAGUGGUCGGAGCAGAACGGUUUCGGCGGCUGGUUGGUCUGCGACUGGUACCACAACGCUCCUCAGCUCUUCUGGCUCUACCAGUACCUGCCGGCCACGAUCCCUUCCUCCUGCGACAAGGUCGACCUCACCGUUGAAUAUACCUCCUAGACAAGGCACGAGGGGGGUAUUUUGCUUUUACCACCACCACAACGAGGCCUCGUGGUUGAUGAAUCAUACGACGCAAAGAUAAAGAUCCGGAGAACUAUUCGCCUCCUCCCCGCCAGCUUGACGCUUACAAGAUCUGUAUCAGUACGACGACGGUUAAGACUUUUCGCCCUGAUGUUAAUGCUAAAUAAUCGUAAUAAUGACCUGCGAAGGAUGAUGAUGGGAAGCCAAUGUAUCUAUGUGUGAUUCGUGCGAUAGCGUUCUGCUUUUUAUUGAGUUCUAGCUAUCGAUGAUUGAGGGACAGUGAGAAAUAUAUACCGAG